AUGAUCAGCACCAAGAGACUACUCAAAUUGGCACGAAAAUGGCACAUGCUAGCUGUUGUAAGGCGAAAAAGAAUCACACCGCUGCAGGCCAUUGGAGAAGCGAGCAGUUGUAGCACAUUAGAAAUGGCCGAGAAGGGCCACUUUGUUGUGUACUUUGCUGAUCAGAAACGAUUUUUGAUUCCUUUGGAGCAUCUCAAAAAUGAAAUUAUCAAAGAGCUAUUUAAUAUGGCAGAAGAAGAGUUUGGAUUGCCAAGCAAAGGGCCUCUUACAUUGCCAUGCGAUGCAGAGUUCUUCGAGCAUAUAAUGAGCACAACAAAUGAAGCACUUAUAGAUAUCUAA